AUACCUUCCAGGCAGUGAAACAAACAAAAACACCUAAAUGGGGAGAGUUAUGUGUGUGGGUUUUCCACUGGUAGCUCUCGUAGUGGUGAGCAUGUGUUUUGGAUUGGCAGAUGCAGAGGUGAAAACACCAAAUUUGCGGUGGCAUUAUUAUAAGGUGACGAAUAGAUGUCACGACGCAGAGGAGUAUGUCCGGCACCAAGUGAACCUGUUUUGGAAGAAUGACAGAAGCAUUACGGCAAAGCUUCUCCGCUUGGUUUAUGCUGACUGUUUUGUCACUGGAUGUGAUGCAUCAAUUCUGCUUGACGAAGGAGCAAAUCCAGAGAAAAAAGCAGCACAAAACCGGGGGCUUGGAGGAUUUGCGGUCAUUGACAAGAUAAAAGCUGUUCUGGAAUCACGAUGCCCUGGAACUGUGUCUUGUGCUGAUAUACUCCACCUCGCCACCAGGGAUGCUGUUAAACUGGCAGGUGGAGCAGGUUACCCAGUUUUAACAGGUAGAAAGGAUGGCAUGAAAUCAGAUGCUGCAUCAGUAGACCUGCCAUCACCAUCCGUCUCGCUGCAGAAAGUCCUGGAAUAUUUCAAAUCCAGGAACUUGAAUGAACUAGACAUGACCACACUUUUAGGAGCACACACAAUGGGCAGAACACAUUGUAGCUUUAUUGUUGAUCGGCUCUACAACUACAAUGGUUCCGGAAAACCCGACCCAAGCAUGAGUGUUACUUCACUAGAGUCGUUGAGAAAACUUUGCCCGCCAAGAAAGAAGGGACAAGCAGACCCUCUGGUACACCUAAACCCAGAAUCAGGGUCAAGUUACAACUUCACAGAAUCAUACUACAGAAGGGUCCUAUCCCACGAAGCUGUCCUGGGAGUUGAUCAACAAUUACUAUAUAGUGAUGACACUAAACAGAUCUCCGAGGAGUUCGCUGUUGGAUUUGAAGAUUUUCGGAAAUCUUUUGCUACAUCAAUGUACAAGAUGGGGAAUUACAGGGUUUUAACAGGCAACCAAGGAGAGAUACGCCGAUAUUGCCGAUACACAAAUAAGUAGGAGGCGAAAUCAGAUGUUUUGAGUGGACUCCGAUAUCCCCAGUUUAAACAGAUUUGUUUUGUGUUUUUAAGGUAAAGAAUAAUUACAUGAAUAAUACCUUCUUUGUCCUUUGUAAUUUCUGAGUUUCAGCAAUUCAAGUCACUAAAAAAUCUUCUUGUUGUAGUAUGUAUGUAUAAAACAUAAAUCCUAUCCUCUGUCAAUUAAAACCACCACAAAAAUUGACUACAUGUUUCCAUAUCUUACAACAAUCCCCUGUGACAUAUUCACCCUCUAUUUCUACUUGUAUGCGUGUGCUUAUACCGAACUCCAAAUCCUCUGGUUAGUAA